UACAACUUGCUAUUUCCCCGUAAAACAGUUCUCACACGUUUUGACUACAAUACAACAACGAAAUACUCUGUAAAAGAAGUAUCCCUCAAGCUUCUACGAAUUUUCUUCAGAAAUGUCACCGAAACGCGGGCUUUUGGAAAGGCUAGAGAACAACGAAGUCGUCAUCGGCGAUGGAGGUUUUGUUUUCGCUUUGGAGAAGCGAGGAUUUGUAAAAGCAGGCCCUUGGACUCCUGAAGCAGUUUUAGAAAACCCAGAAGCAGUGAGACAGCUUCACAGGGAGUUUCUGAGAGCAGGUUCAGAUGUUAUGCAAACAUUUACRUUUUAUGCCAGUGAAGAUAAGUUGGAUAACAGAGGAAAUAUGGCUGGCAAAAACCACGGGUGUUCUGCCAUUAAUGAAGCCGCCUGUGAUCUUGCCCGUGAAGUAGCCGAUGAGGGGGAUGCCCUUGUAGCAGGGGGMGUCUGUCAAACACCCACCUACCUUAGCGGCAAAGGCAAGGAGGCCUGUCAAGUUGAAUUCAGGAAACAACUUGAAGUUUUUGUCAAGAAAGAUGUAGAUUUUCUCAUUGCAGAGUAUUAUGAACACGUGGAGGAGGCAGAGUGGGCUAUUGAGGUGUGUAAAGCUACAGGAAAGCCCACAGCUUGCUCUCUAUGCAUCGGACCUGACGGCGACCUUCAUGGGAUCUCACCCGGGGAUUGUGCAGUCAGGUUGGCAAAAGCAGGUGCUGAYGUUGUGGGUGUGAACUGCCACUUUGGGCCAAUCAAAUCCCUUGAAACAAUGCGCCUYAUGAAAGAGGGACUUGAUGCAGCAGGUCUUAAGUGCCAUUUGAUGGUGCAGCCAUUAGGUUUCCACACACCUGACUGUGGUGUACAAGGAUUUAUUGAUCUGCCUGAAUUCCCAUUUGGUCUAGAACCACGAAUCUGUACACGUUUUGAUAUGCACAAGUUUGCACGAGAAUCAUACGACAUGGGAAUUCGAUUUAUUGGAGGAUGUUGUGGUUUUGAGGCUUAUCAUAUCCGCGCUGUGGCUGAGGAACUUUCAAAGGAGAGGGGCAAGCUUCCUACUUCAAGUGUAAAGCAUGGAAUGUGGGGUGCYGGACUGAAACUGCACACAAAGCCUUGGGUCAGAGCAAGAGCUCGCCAAGAAUACUGGCAGAAACUCAAUCCUUCGAGUGGACGUCCCUUUUCCUCAAGCAUGUCCAUGCCAGAUGGCUGGGGUAUUACUGCCGGUGACAGCCUGCUUAUUCAACACACAGAGGGCACAACAGACAAUGAAAUGAAACAAGUUUUCUCAAAAGCAAAGGCUUGAACAACAAUUCAUUUGUUGUGAAUAGCAAAAUUUAUGUAGAAAUGGUAUUUAAGAAUGCCAGUAGAGUAGCUUGUGCAUAUMGAAUGUUCAAAAUACUCUUGGAGAGGAAAUUGUGUAAAAAAGUGUACAAAAAAUUGCACUAAUUAUUUAGGUUUGACAAUUUUUUUAUUACAUYGUGUGAUUUGUAGCAAACUUGACCAAAAGUUUCAGUCAUAUUGAUUGGGUAUCUUUUAUAAUUUGCACUAUAACCCCUACUACUUUCAAGGUAUUGUAUAUUCUGCCAUAAAAAAACUAAUAAAAGUCAAAAUAAGGAUUU